UUUGUCUCCGACAUUCUCCCUAGAAGCAUCCCUCACAGCGCCAAAUUUUAAAAUGCUCCAAAGUCUCGUUCCCACCAUUGCAACUAUCCUGCUGGUGUUUUUAAUUGACUUCGCAGCUGCAGGAAACACCACUUGUGCGGGGAAUAUGACACAGUGGUACACAGAAGCAGUAGGAGAGACAGCAUGUACGACGUACCAAAGACUCAGACAAAUAUGUAAUCCCAACUAUGAAGUCCCGAACUUUCGACCAAAUACUCCAGGUGAUCAAUGCGACGAUCAAUUGCAGGAUUGUUGCUGUAACUCUAUAUCGUGGGCGCUGAGUAUGCUUUGUAUGAACUGUCAAUGGGAUGUGAAUGGCGGGUCUGUCAAUGGGAUCGACGCUGGUACUGGCGCAUAUGGGAUGUAUCGUUCUCCAUCUGGACCGUUUUGCACUCCAGGAACGAAUUCAUCGCUUCCUAGUGACGUACAGGCUGCAGUUUGCAACGAAGACAUCAAACUCGCCAAUUUUCUGUACGACCUCUUUUGGACCGACGGUGCGUGUACCUACACCAUGAACACCGCUGCUGAGGACGAAGCGGCGACAAAUAACAAC